GCACGUUGUAACAAUUAACCCUUAUUGCUUAAAAUGGUCAGAAGGUAGACAACCAAUUUGUAAUAAUUAAAAUUCAAUUAUCAUGUUCGGUCCGCAAAGGACAUGGCUAGAUAAAAGAAAACAAAAUUUAGGUAUGUUAACGGUGCGGAUGCAUUGGGAAAGAAAUGCAUGUACUGGUUUGACGCAUUGUUUGUUCCUGGGUAGCAGCCUUUUGUCGUGGGGUAGCCGGCUCUGUAGAUCUGUCUGAAGUUAAAAUGAUCCAGGGUCGGCAUACACGGGUGCGUUGCCCCUUCGAGUGCGACGCGACCCGACUGCUGGAGCGUAACUAGCAUACGUGUUGGUUGCACGGCGCACGGAUCCUUGUCGUUUGUUGUGUGGACAUUUUGCGUGACAAACAGUAGACCUGUGCGUGCAGACAUUUGCAGCGUAUGCUAUAAACAGUAGAAAGGGAUAAAAGAAUUAGCAGAAACAGUGUCACAUAACGCGUGCUGGGAUGCUAGGAUGUACUACUGGCGUGCUCUAGCCUCUGCACUGCUAGCCGCUCUUAAUUGCUGAACUGUCCGGCUGUUCGGACGAGACGUUUUGCAAGCCAGAGAAAUUGGUACCCCAAAUUCAUUGCGGGUGUACUACAUUACCACUCCGAUGGAGAAACUGAGAUCCGGUUGACUUAAAGACUGGAGCGGGUGGGAGCUAGUGAAUCUUAUCUCUUCAGCAAGAACUAGAGCGGCGGAAGCGAGUUCUACGCAUCCGGUGGCCUCGCAUCAUCUUCCAAGGAAUCAAAUGAACUUGGUUAGAGGCCGCCAUGGAAAUGGCAGACCACAAGGUGUAGAUUUCGAAUCAAGUUCAUGUCUUAAUCGUUUUGGUGGUAGCCGUGAGUUGAAAGCGGAGGCGUUCGGUGAGCAUCUGGAAUCUGUAAGCUUAGAUGGAUGCAUAGUGAGGAGCAAUUACACGCCUGAUGCGAUAGGAUUAGCGAUGCAGAACUGGGGCGAAGAACAGAAAGCAUUAGUUCGUGUGAUGGGCCUUGGUGGGUUACUGCAUCUUCGGAAAACAGGGAAUUUUUUUAUCUCUUUCACACGAUCUCUGCUUGAUAGGAUCGACCCCAAUGACAGUACGAUGAGGCUGCCAGGCGGUGCGAAGUUGAUCUUGGGCGAGAUGGAGAUUUGCUCUUAUAUGGAUAUAAGGAGAGGAGGUUUGACACUGCAGAGGAACAACAACAGUCCAAGUGAUGAUCACUACAUGAGUGCUAGGUAUCUUCUGGGAAUGGCUCUGAUUCCACAAGAGAUCACUAUGAACGAUGUAGUUAGUAUACUACAAGAACACGUGGACUCGCCGAUGACUCGAGAGCAGAGGAUUAAGACGGAGGUGGGAACGGCCAUGCUUGCUGUUUCCGUUGUAUUUGGACCACGAGAUGGUCGCAACCACGUGACAAAUGAUGUAUACCGGCUUGUCGAAGAACCAUCCAAACUUAGUGUUUGGAACUACAGUAGAUAUGCUCUAGAGGAGUAAUGCGAGGUGCCCUGUGCCUGGCAGAGUCCAAACGAAAAGGAGAGCAAAAUGUUUGGCUAUAUGGAUGCCCAACUAUUUUGCAGAUACACUACUUCAACUCGGUUGAUACCGGUUAUCUCACCAUCGAUACAACAAAGCAAGCCGCGGUUAAGCUGUAUUCAACUUCUGUAGUGAGAACUUUCAUCGAAGCAGAUACCUUCGAAGAGGAUGGCCAGGUCAAGUAUGGAGGCUUGAAGGGCAAUGUUGCUUGUUCUGGAAAAGCUAUAGCUGCCGGUUGUAUACACUAUGAGACACUAUUAUACCUAAAAGGAAAGUUGAGAAUGUCUAUGUUAAAGGCAGAUUCAGUAUGUCAUGAGUUCAACGGGCUCAUGUCCAAGGAUCAUUCAAAUGAUGUUGGCAUGAUAAAGAGACGGAUAGAAGAGCAUGAUAUGGCACAGACUCUAUCGAGGCUUCAUGAAUGGAAAGAUAAUGACGCCAAAAUUGAAUCAGCCUUAAAAGGUAAAUGUGGAUGGAGCCCAGAUAUGCCACCACGCAUAUUAGAAGGUGUGGUUGUUAGUACAGAAGACUGUAAUGAUAUUGAAAAUUGGGAAAGGAAGAAAGUUGCAACAGGAUCUGCAAGUACAGAUGAGGACCAUGAUAUCAAAACAGUAGCAGAGGCACUUGCUGGGAUGAAAGCAGGUUUGUUUGGUGCUGGGUUAAGUGGGGCAUGUGGCUCUAGGCAAGGUACAUGCACACGUACAGCUGCAGUCAAUUCAACAAAGCAGACAUUGAUGGUACAACAAGCUAGUUCACUUACUGGAGAAAUAAACAAGGGCGUUGCAUUGAUUGGAGAUGAAAUUAAAACUAAUGAAGGUACACUUGAAGGAGAUGGCGGAAAACAAAAACCAGUGUUGAAAUUCUAUGUCAGGAGAUUGGCGAAAAACAGAGAUAUUUUUUUGGAUCAUGAAAGAACCAAUGAAAGAUGUACCGUUUUGUCUGAAAGUGUUAAGACAGACGAAAUGAACCCGAUACUAGCACAUGACGCAUUCAAGAAAAAUUCUUUGGGAGGUAAUAAUUUAAGUGAAGAGAGCAUUACAGCUGUUGCAGAUGCAGAUAUUGGGAAGAAGAGGUCAAUCUCUCAAAUAAAUCGACUGAUUGAAGUUUGUAAACGGCAACGUAUCGCCGCGAAGAUGGAUGUUCCAAUCAUAUCAAAUGGACUUAGCAAUGGUGGGUUAGGAGGACCUGGCGCCUACUUUUUAAGCAGUAGGAAAGUACUGAAGGAUUCUAUAGAGCAGCUGGAGAAUACAAAGGGAAUGGAACUAAGGAGGAUCUGGAUUGAGCAUCCUAUACCUGUUGUGCUGCAAAUUACUGGAACUGAGAUAUAUGCAAUGAUGAAACCUGGAGGAGAAGUUGGUGCAAGACAAUUUGAUAUUUUCCGUAGGCUUGUGUAUUGUCAGGAUAAGAAGUUAUAUGCUCCUAGGUCAAUUUUGAGGCUGAGGAAGGUUCUUCAUCUAAGCUGGGCGGUUAGUUCAUUGAGAGAGUGCUUAAUGGUGCAGCCGUAUAGAUUAGUGAUGAAAUAAAAGCAAGUUUGGUUGGUUUGAACGGAAAAUUUGAUUUGAAGACUUGCAAUAUGAUAAUGGUUCCAGACAGAUCUGUAGAGGGGUAUUACGUUCUGUUGUCUUCAAUAUGUUUACUCAUGUGGUCUAUGUGUUUGAUCCAGCAAACUCAUGGUAGCUUGAGACAACAUUGGAGAAGAAGCACUGGGCAAAAUAUAUGUUGUUGCUUAAUGGGAUGUCGUCCUUGAUAUCUGAGUUAUACCCCGGCUAUCAUGUUGAUGCUUCUAAAUGGAAAAUGAAAUGCCAUAAAGUGUUGGCGGACCGAGUGAAGAGGGGUGAUACUGCAUUCUAUGUUUUACUCAUCAUAUUGAGCUUCAAUGGGCAAGAGAUAAAGCACAUUCUUAACACGAAUUCUCUGGCAUUAUUCAAGCUUAAUGUGCCACAUUCAAGUUUCCCAAGGGAAAUCAUACCAUGUUAAAUUCUGAGUUACCUAAGUUAUUUAACUGGUAGAGCGGCAACAAGUCGUGGUAUUGUAAUGAAUGUCAUACUACUUAUUAUUUAAGACAUAUAUGGAUUGUUUUAAAUUA